AUGGAGAAAGAGACUGGCGUGACGCGCGAGCCUGUCCAGGGCCUCGCCGUCACCGACGAUGUUAACGCCAUCGAGGCUCCCGUCACCUGGAAGGCCUACCUGAUCUGCGCCUUUGCCUCCUUUGGAGGAAUCUUCUUCGGUUAUGACUCCGGUUACAUCAACGGUGUCCUGGGUUCCUCGAUCUUCAUCGAGGCCGUCGAGGGCCCCGGCGCCACAUCCAUUGGCGAAUCCGACACUUCCCUCAUCGUCUCUAUCCUAUCUUGCGGUACCUUCUUCGGUGCCCUCAUUGCUGGUGACUUGGCCGACAUGAUGGGCCGCAAGUGGACCGUCAUUCUUGGCUGCCUCAUCUACAUGAUCGGUGUCAUAAUCCAGAUGAUUACCAACGUCAACACCGCUCUCGGCCCCAUCGUCGCCGGUCGUCUCAUUGCUGGUAUUGGUGUGGGUUUCGAGUCCGCCGUCGUCAUUCUGUACAUGUCUGAGAUUUCACCCAAGAAGGUUCGUGGUGCUCUCGUCUCCGGCUACCAGUUCUGCAUCACCAUCGGUCUGCUCUUGGCUGCUUGCGUCGUCUACGCCACCAAGGACCGAACCGACACUGGCUCCUACCGCAUCCCCAUCGCCAUCCAGUUCCCCUGGGCUAUCAUCCUCGGCGGCGGUCUGAUGCUCUUCCCCGACUCCCCCAGAUACUUCGUCAAGAAGGGCAGACUUGCCGAUGCCGCCCGCUCUCUCUCUCGCCUUCGUGGCCAGCCCGAGAACUCGGAGUACAUCCAAGUCGAGCUCGCCGAGAUCGUCGCCAACGAGGAGUACGAGCGCCAGCUUGUCCCCAACACCACCUGGUUCGGCACCUGGGCCAACUGCUUCAAGGGUUCUGUCUUCAAGGCCAACUCCAACUUGCGCAAGACCAUUCUCGGUACUUCUCUUCAGAUGAUGCAGCAGUGGACCGGUGUCAACUUCAUCUUUUACUACUCGACUCCUUUCCUCCAGUCCACCGGUGCUAUUGACAACACCUUCCUGAUCUCCCUCGUCUUCACUCUCGUCAACGUCUGCUCGACUCCUCUGUCCUUCUGGACCGUCGAGAGAUUCGGUCGCCGCACGAUCCUCCUCUGGGGCGCAACUGGCAUGUUGAUCUGCCAGUUCCUUGUUGCCAUCAUCGGUGUCACUGUCGGCUUCAACCACACUCACCCCGAUCCCGCCGAUGCCACCAAGAGCAUCGCCAACAACAUCCCCGCCGUCAACGCUCAGAUCGCCUUCAUCGCAAUCUUCAUUUUCUGGUUCGCCUCCACCUGGGGCCCCGGCGCCUGGGUUCUCAUUGGCGAGAUUUUCCCUCUGCCCAUGCGCUCCCGUGGUGUCGCCCUUUCCACCGCUUCCAACUGGCUCUGGAACACCAUCAUUGCCGUCAUCACCCCUUACAUGGUCGGUGAGAACCGCGGUAACUUGAAGUCCUCCGUCUUCUUCGUCUGGGGCGGUCUCUGCUCCUGUGCACUGGUCUACACCUACUUCCUGGUUCCCGAGACCAAGGGCCUGUCCCUGGAGCAGGUCGACAAGAUGAUGGAGGAGACAACUCCCCGCACCUCGGCCAAGUGGGUGCCCCACGAGACCUUUGCCUCUCAGGUCGCCCGCAACGGCGUCUUGGACAAGGUCACCGUCGACAACGUCGAGCGUCGCAGUUCCAACGUCUAA